GAAGACUCUAGCAAUGAAGUUGAGGUGGAGAUUGAUGAAGAGACCAUUAUCAAAUAUUGUUUUCAACGCAGUUUUAGUUAUGAAGAAAUCAUCCAUUUCCUUGCUAAGCGUCAUGACCAUGAAAUAAGUAACAGCACACUUUUAAGGCGAUUAAAAACAUAUGAACUCAAGAGGAGUUUUUUAAGGCGGAUGAUUCUGGUGAGGUUUUAGAGGCAGUUAGAAAACGUAUCCUUGAGAUUAUCCAUGGACCUGGAUCAUGUGGGGGAUACAGGACGGUAUGGCACACCUUAACGAUAGAAGACUACCGA